AUGGUGGCCAGCUCGGCGAUGCCCCCACAAUCUGACGGGGCGCUGAACUGGGUGAUAACAGCCAUAUCGUACCCCGUCUUGGUCGGCUGGUCUCCCGGCCCGUUCGCCUCCACGCUGGGCCAGUUCGUGGGCGAUCCCGUGUUCCCCGACAAGCGAUGCAACGGCACGGCACUCUUGUGCAACAACAGUCGCUUCGCUCUGUGGAACCUGGUGACGAUCGGCUCCGUGGAAAUGGUCACCAGCCCCAGGAGCCGCAUCCUGACGAAGCCCAACACGCAAGCCACUGCGCAUCCCUUCUGGAGCUCUUUGGGCGGCUAUCUGGCCAGCACGCAAUCCCGUCUGCUCAGCUGCAUCGACGAGGACAUAAAGCCUGAGUGUCUGGCUGUCACAGCCUGCGAUCUCACCAAGACCUAUGCCAACAUGGCCGACUUGGACGCCGCCGCAGGGUCGUUCCCGAAUCAAUGCAUAAACUACUACGCGCCCAACACCCUCAGGACAACCCUAAACGGCGAGAUGACCAAGUACAACGACGUCAACAGCGGCUACGACGAUGUCUUUGGCUACUGCCAGUCCGCCAUGAAGGAGAUGGUCCCCGGCAUGAUCCAAGAGUUCAUGAGUUCCAAAGGCCAAGGCAACAAAUUCUUCGAAUGCACCGUCACGGCCGAUGGCGGCUACCCGAUAACGGGGCCAUGCCCACCCGAGUAUCGCGACUUCUUCGACUCUGACGUCUGGACCAUCACGUAUAAGCUCCCCGAUGAAAAAGGCUUCUACGACACCUUGCAGUCGUCUUACGGCAUUCAGCGCGACUGGGUCAAGUUCGACAACAGACAUGGAGGCAAAUCUGGCACCAGCUGCUCCAAGUCGCGGAUGGAGAAUGAUGCCUGUUACUUCUUCUCCCACAACUGGAGAAACGAGGCUCAGGCCGCCGACAGCUUCGUCGUCCCGAACCCGAAGGACACAAUCGCCAACUCGCUGCCCUCUAUUCGCUCGCUGCAGAAUACCAUGCUCGCGCGCCAGAUGGAUCUCAACACCGGUAUAUGGACGGGGUCCUCAGAGAACCUUAUCCAGACCUUUGCCAUGCCCGUGUACAUCGUGAGCCAGGCAAUUGGGUCGAUGGCGCAGGCCAAGGACCUGGGUCAGCAGCAGGCCAAAAUGGCCAAGGUCGACCUCAUCAUCUUGAUCCUCUCCGCCAUCUUCGCCGUCAUCCCCUUCGCAGUCGAUCUCCUCUCCGCUGUGGCCGCCGCGUCUGCCAUUGCGCGCGGUGUAGUGCUGAUCGCUGAGGCGGGCAAUAUCGCGCUCAGUAUCGAGAGUAUCGUCACAGACCCGGCAUCGGCGCCCCUGGUUAUUCUGGGCCUGCUGGGUGCUGGCAGGGGCAGGAAGCCAAAGGACUAUGCUAGCAUUGCGGACAAGCAGAAGUUGUUGAAGGAUACUGAUAUUGCCAACAUUGGUAAGGAGUUCAAGAUCAGGCAUGAUGGGUUUCAGAAGACAGUAAAGCCCAGGUGCAAGACUUGA